AUGUCCAUCACUGAAAUAGAUCCAGAGGGAAAUUUUGUUAGCCAAGUGGCAGUUGUGGAAGAUGUUUUUGUUUCCCAGGAGGAAGAGCCAUCGAGCUGGUCUCUGGAGCAGCUGAGCUGGGAAUCCUCUGACCAAGGGCACGCAGCAACCCAGGCAUGCAGAGAGGAGGAGCUGCUGGGCCAGAAGGCUGAGCUUGAGGGCCGACUGGCAGCCACAGAGUGGCUCCGACAAGACCUUUCCAGGCAGCUGGCAGAGACCAGGUCAGCAAAGGAGAGCCUGGAAUCCAGGCUGUUUGCUGCUCAGCAGCAGAUAGCUCAGCUGGAGAUCUCCAGGAACCAUCUGGAGGCUCAUAUGCUCACAGUCACACAGGACAAAGAGGUGAUAGAAGGACAAGUGAAAUGCCUGCAAGGUGAGCUGGAAGCAGAGAGAGCUCUCAGGAAGCAGGAACAGGAAGACACAGCUCAAGAACUCCUGCAGGCACAGCAGCAGCAUCACAAAAGCCUCAGGCCUCAGGGAACAGCUCAGCAAGUGGAAAUAAAGAAGCUCCUGGAAGACCUGGCAGGUGAACGUGAAAGGCACCGUGCAGAGAUGCAGGAGAUGCUGGAGCAAUGGGAAAAAGAGAAGGCAGAGAGAAAGAGGGAGCACAAGGAGGUGCUGUUGGAGAUGAGACAGAAAGUAGCUACCUUGCUGGCUCAACAAGAAGAAUUAAUGAGAUUUGAAAAUGCCAAGCGAGAGGUCCUGCUGGAAGAGCAGAAGGAGAAGAGUGCUUUAUCAGAGGCACUGCUCCAAACUCAGGGAGAGCUCAGCCGAGCCCGCCAGCAGGUCCAGCAGCUCAGGCAGGAGGUGCAAGAGCAGCAAGAGAAGGGGCAGCUAAGUACCAUCAAGGCAAAUCUGCAAGCUGAGCUGCAGGAAGCUCACAGAGAAGUCCAGGCAGCACAGAGGAGGCACAAGCAAGAGCUGCAAGGCCUCAAAGAGGAAAUUAAUCUGCUCCUUGAGCAGAGGGAGGCUCUACAAAAGCAGGUGGCAGAGUUGACAUCGCAGCUGGCAGCCUGCCGAGAGUGCCAGGAAAAGACUGUGCAGAGAGCCCAGCAAGAUGUGAGGGAGGCCCAGCAAGAGUCCAGGCAGAAGCUCUCGGAGGUUGAGCAUGUCCAGAAGCUGCUGGAGGAGGCAGAACAUCAGAAGAAGGAGCUGCAAGCACAUCUGCAGUACUUGGAGAGGGAAAGGAGUCGAUGGGAAGAAGUGGCACAGCAGAAUUCAGAAUUGCAGACUUCCGUCAAUGCCCUAGAGAGGGAAAAAGCCAGGCUGAUUCUGACUCUGGAGGAAAAGAACCUGUGCCUUAGAAGACUGGAGGAACAGAACUUGGUGCUGAAAAAUUCCGUAUCUCAGUGUCAAUCUGCUCUUCAGGAGACAGAGCAGCUCUAUUCUGAGCAUAGAAGAGAAUUGAUGGCGCUCAACACCCGGUUCUUGGCUUGA